AUGACCCAGAACCCGACGGAGAUCCACCGCGUCCGCAAUCUGACCAGGCUCCAGAUGGGCAAGUACGAUGUCGAGCCGUGGUAUUUCUCGCCGUACCCGGAUUCCUUCUCGGAUGUGGAUCUGGUGUACAUCGACGAGUUCUGUUUGAGCUACUUCGAUAACCAGCGUGCGUUCGAACGACACCGCGCAAAGUGCACACUGGUCCAUCCGCCCGGAAACGAGAUCUACCGCGACGACUACAUCUCCUUCUUCGAAGUCGACGGCCGGCGCCAGCGCACCUGGUGCCGCAACCUGUGUCUUCUCAGCAAGCUGUUCCUGGACCACAAGACGCUGUACUACGACGUCGACCCCUUCAUGUUCUACUGCAUGUGCACCCGCGAUGAAACAGGCUGCCAUCUCGUCGGGUAUUUCUCCAAAGAGAAAGACUCCGCAGAGGGCUACAAUCUCGCCUGUAUCAUGACUCUCCCGCAAUACCAACGCCGCGGCUUUGGCCGUCUUCUCAUCUCCUUCAGCUACGAGCUCAGCAAACGAGAAGGCAAGCUCGGCUCACCCGAGAAACCGCUCAGUGAUCUGGGUUUAUUGGGGUAUCGACAAUACUGGCGUGAGACCCUUGUCGAGUUGCUUAUGGAGCCAGGGAGGGAAGCGAUGAGCGAGAAUGAGCUGGCUGUUUUAACCUCCAUGACUGAGAAGGAUGUGCACGAGACGCUCGUGGUCUGCAGCAUGCUUCGCUAUCACAAGGGGAACUGGGUCAUUGUUCUAACGGACUAUGUCGUCGAGGAACAUAAGAAGCGUCUUGAGAAGGAAAAGGUUAAGGGCGCGCGCAAGAUCGACCCUGCCAGGUUGCAGUGGAAGCCGCCUGUGUUUACGGCUUCCAGCCGGACCUGGAAUUGGUGA